AUGAUCCUUUAUGGAUGUCCGAUAUGGCACACAGGGACGGCACGACAAAAGCAAAAACUACUCCAAUUACAAAGAGGAGCCUUCCUAAGUAUUACGAAAGCUUAUGCAACAACACCGACGUCAGCACUACAAGUCCUCUCAGGUAUAUUACCCUUGGACCUACGUGCAGAAAUGGAAAAACAAGCGUACAGGCUCUUUCACUUUAAAGAAGACAUUAGACUAGGGGAUCUUACGAUCCGGGCACAUGAAGUCGAAGAAAGACUUCCCGCCCUUCACACACACCCGGCAAAAAUCUCAACAAUAAAAUGGGAAAAAGAUCCGCCUCAGGGAAAAGACCUAGAGACGUACACAGACGGCUCCAAAAUGGAAAACAAGGUAGGAGCGGCAUUUGUAGCAUAUCUAAAUAAUGAGGAAAUUCAUAAAGAACAAUACAGGUUAAACGACGAAGCUACAGUGUUCCAGGCGGAAGUCUUAGCCCUCAAAAGGGCACUCCUGUGGAUAGACCAAAGAACAGAGAACACAUACAGGAUCUUCACAGACAGCUUAAGCACACUCCAGAGCUUAAAUAAAGGAGAGCAAAGAUCGAGAAGUAUAAUGAGUUUAAAAGAAAUAAUACACACAAUAAAGGACAACAAAGAUCUCGAAAUAAACUGGAUAAAAGCCCACGUUGGGAACAAAGGGAAUGAGAGGGCGGAUGAAGAAGCCAAAAGGGCCACACAAAGACCCGAAAUAGAUAUUACAGUUCCCCUGUCGGAACAAUCGGUAAAAUCAAAGAUGCUACUGGAAACCCUAAAGAGGUGGCAGGAAAGAUGGGAGGAAGAGGAAACAGGCAGAGAAACAUACAAGUACUAUCCCAAGAAUCUCUCUUAA